AUGACCAAGGCCAUGACCAGAAUCCCAACACCUCUGCCAAUCAGCAAGAGUGCUCAGACAGCUAGGCCAACUGCCUCUUUCCAAGGUCCCAGUCCCACAAGCAAGAGAAGGCUAAAAGUGGAAGACUUCCAGGCAGAGCCCCGAUGGGACUUUGAGGAUGAAUAUAGAUUGGAAGAAGGAAGCCCACAAAUGAAUUGCCCUGUGAAGGUCAAAGCUGCCCAGUCCUCCUGACUCUGGGAACGCUUUCCACCUAACCUCACCCUUUUCCUGGAUUUGGAACAUUUCAACCUCAGUGAGUGGUAUCGGCUGGAACAUUUUAAACCUCCAUUUGGCUUCAUAGGCCUCAAUUACUCCAUGAUUCGAGAAAUCCUGGAGAAGUUCCCACCUGUCUCUCAACAGCAACUUCUCUUGGCUGCCCGCCCCCAAACUGGGGGCUCCCAAUGUAUCAUCUGUGCUGUAGUGGGGAAUGGAGGCAUCCUGAAAAGGUCUCGAGUGGGCCAGGAGAUAGACAGGCACGAUUAUGUGUUCGGGGUGAAUGGGACUCUGAUCAAUGGCUAUGAAAAAGAUGUGGGCACUCAGACUUCUUUCUAUGGUUUCACCUUGCACAGUCUGACCAUAUUACUUGACCUGUUGAAGAAUCAGGGUUUUCACCAAAUGCCAAUGGAAAAGGACAUCCACUUCCUGCACUUCCUUGAAGGGCAUCAGGAUUUUGAGUGGCUGGAGCACAUGCUACAUGACCAGAUCAUGGUAAAAGCUGUCAUGAUUCAAACCCCAGAAUGCUUUUUCUUUAUGAAGUCUUUCCCUUUGGACAGGUAUUUGCUGAUACAUCCAGACUUGCUUCAGUAUGUGAAGAACAGGUUUUUGUGGUCAGAGAUCCUAGAUACCAUCUACUGGCCUUUCUACCGCCCCUCUAAUGAUGCCUUUCUGCUGCUCUCUGCAAUCCAACUGUGUGAUCAGGUGAGUGCCUAUAAUUUCAUCACUAAUGACUUUCAUUGAUUUGCUGAUCACUACUAUGACCCAAGGUGGAAAAAAAUGCAGUUUUACCUCAACCAUGACUUUAUACUAGAGAAGAGACUGUGGAAACAAUUGCAUAAUGAAGGUAUCAUCUGGCUAUAUCAAGGUCCCAAAGUCAUUACACCACAGAACUGGAGGGUGCUCAGAAGUGGCCAGUCUGCUUUCUCAUAA